AUGGAACUCCCUAUCCCUAAAAUUGUCCAGAGGCUAUGGGAGGCAUGGAAUUUCCGGGUCUUUAUUAUCUUAAGCCUCUUACUCCAGGCACUUUUAGUUUUAGCGCCGCCCUUCAGAAAACGGACAAGGAGCAAAUUGCUACUCAUGUUCAUAUGGCUGGCAUACUUGCUUGGCGACUGGAUUGCUACCUUCGCCAUUGGGCUCAUCUCCAAAAGCCAAGAAGGCGCUUGUGAGCCAAAAGGGAGAGAGGAUCUCAUGGCAUUCUGGGCUUCCUUUCUUUUGCUGCAUCUUGGCGGCCCCGACAAGAUCACUUCGUUUUCUCUCGAAGACAAUGAGUUUUGGCUGAGGCACUUGAUGGGCCUCAUAUUUCAGGUUCUGGCAACUGCUUACAUCUUCUAUCAGUCUCUCACUGAUCAAAGCAAGAUAUGGAUUCCCACUACAAUGGUGUUUGUUGUGGGAACUAUCAAGUGCGUUGAGCGGACGCGUGCACUCUAUCUUGCGAGCUUGAGCCGAUUCGGAUAUUCAGUAUUGCCGGAGCCAAACCCUGGGCCUGACUUUAAACAGGCCAUUGAAAUAUACUCGUCCAUGAGGACGGUUGAGAUGGAAAUGCAAACCCCGGAGGUUGGGGCUAAUCCUGUGUAUAAUUGGAAGCCCUUAGAAGAAAUUCAGUUACUGGAAGAAGCAUAUCGCCUCUUUGAAAUCUUCAAGGGACUUAUUGUAGGCCUUCUUUUGAGCUCCAAAGACAGAGAAUUGAGCAGAGAUUUUUUUCUCACUAGAACUGCCACUGAAGCAUUCAGACUAAUAGAGUAUGAGCUCAAUUUUAUGUACGAGGUUCUCCACACCAAGGUUAACGUUGUUCGUUGCCCAACUGGCUACCUGUUCCGCGUUUUUAGCUUUAUUUUAAUCCUAGCAGCAUUGGUGGUGGUUUCAAUUAAGGAGCGGUUUGUGUUUGGUGAUAAUAAGUUCGAUGUCAGACUUACUUAUGCCUUGCUCAUUGGGGCAUUAGGCCUCGAGGCCAUAUCCGUGUUGAUGCUUAUUUUUUCUGACAGGACCCUCCUUGCCCUGAGGAGAAGCUGGAGAAAAUUCAUUCCAAAAAUCAUUUUGACAAGAACAAGGUGGUCUAGAUCUGUUUCCAAGUAUGAUAUGAUAAGCUAUUGCUUGAAUAAUGAUGCUCCAAAAUGGAUGGACACUUUGGUUGUUUAUUUGGGUGUUAAGGAAAUUCUAGAGAAGGUGAAAAUCUGGCGUUUUUCAUCUUCAGGGCCGGUCAGUGGAGAUCUGGAGGAGUUCAUUUUUGAGGAGCUGAGAAUGAAAUCUCGGACUGCAAACAACUUAAGAGCUGCCAUGGAUGCAUGUUCACAAAGAGGUGAUUGGGCUCUUCUGCAGAAUUCUGGAGCUAUCUAUUUCAAGGUAAAAUGGAGGAUCGUGGAGUAUCAAUACGCGGAAAGCCUUCUCCUCUGGCACUUGGCUACCGAACUCUGCUUUCUGCAGGAAACCGAAAUCAAAUCUGAGGCUGAUGCCAAAAGUAGAGAAAUAUGCAAACUACUUUCAGAUUAUAUGUUUUAUCUUCUUGUCAUGAAACCUGUUUUGAUGACCCCUGUGUUGGGCAAUUGGCAAAUAGUCCUCCAGGACACUUGUGCAGAAGCCCAGAGAUUCUUUGGCAGGAGAUUUAAAUCGGAAAAGUCUGAAGCCUGUAAACAAAUCCUUGAAGUGAAAACGAAAUUCAGACCGAUUGUUGUGAAGGGAAAUAAAAGUAAAUCUCUGCUCUUUGAUGCAUGCAGGCUGGCAAAUGAUCUCUCGGGGUUGGAGAUAAGCAAAUGGAAGCUAAUGAGCCAAGUCUGGGUGGAAUUGAUGUCUUAUGCUGCCAUUAAUUGUAGACCAAAUGUGCAUGCACAGCAACCCAGUCGGGGUGGGGAACUCUUGACAUUCAUUUGGUUACUGAUGAAUCAUCUAGGCUUGGGAACACAGUUCUACGAGCAGGAACGCCAAGCUGGAACCAAAAUGGUCCCCCAGAAGUAG